GGGCAGAUGGUUCGGAGGUUUGUGGAAAUACCGGAGCACCUGCGGGUCAGGGCCCCCGCCUGCAGCGUGUCCUGGCAGCAGGUGUGGCAGUUCUUCGUGAGCCAGCUGGGGCUGGCGGCGCACCUGCGGCUGGCGCUGGAUGACGACCGACCCGCGGUGCUGGCGGCGGCGGCGGCAGCGCUGGCGGCAGUGCUUGCCCCCUCCGAGUCCGAGCUGCUCUCCACGGAGCUGGCCGACUGCUGCCCCGCCACCGGCUGGCCCGCACCCCCCACCGGCUACCUCACCCGCCCCGCCACCGCAGCCACAUGGGAGGCCCAACCGCCCCAACAACCCCCGCCCCCUUCCUCCGCCGCUGCCGCCGCCGCCGCUGCGGCUGCUGACGCGCCCGACGCGCCGGAGGACGUGGCCCUGGUGGAUCCCCUCGCGGGGGCGCUGCAGAUGGGGCUGCUGCAGCGCGCCAGGUACCUGCUGACGGCCCGCCAUGCACCCGGAGCGCUGCUGCCGCUGCUGGCGGUGUUGUGCGGGGUGGCGCGGAGCGGCUCGGAGGCGGCGCUGGCGGUGGCGCGGGAGCCGGGGCUGCUGGCGGCGCUGGGGGCGCUGCUGGACCCGGCGGCAGCGGUGGCGACGGCGGCGGCAGG